AUGCCCAUGCGGGUGCUGAUGCCCGGCACGGAGUCUCUCAUCUCGCCUCCUCCAUCGCCAAAUGUCUUGCAAAGCGUUCAACUUCAACGUGGGCGUCCUCGGCCACGUGGACAGCGGCAAGACAUCGCUGGCGAGGGUCUUGAGCAGCACGGCAUCCACGGCCGCCUUCGACAAGAAUCCGCAGAGCCGUGAGCGCGGAAUCACUUUGGACUUGGGGUUCUCGGCCUUUGGAGCACCGCUGCCAUCUCACCUGCGCGAUGACCCCAGGGCAGGUGGCUUCGAGGCUCUGCAGGUGACCCUGGUCGACUGCCCGGGGCACGCGUCGCUCAUCAGGACCAUCAUAGGAGGAGCACAGAUCAUCGACCUGAUGAUGCUGGUUAUCGACGUGACCAAGGGCAUGCAGACGCAGUCGGCCGAGUGUCUGCUUAUUGGAGAGAUCACCUGCCCCCGCAUGAUGGUCGUGCUCAACAAGACGGACAUGCUGCCCGAAGCCAAGCGCGCCACGCUCAUCGAGAAGAUGACUAAGAAGAUGCACAAGACGCUGGAGAACACCAGGUUUAAAGGGGCUCCUAUAAUCUCGGUGGCAGCAAAACCAGGCGGCCCGGAUGCACCCGAGGGCCAGGAGGCAGAGGGCAUCGCAGAACUCAUUGAGUUGCUUCUGUCUCAGACGUACUUGCCCCAGAGGGACCCUGCAGGACCACUGCUCAUGGCCGUGGACCACUGCUUUUGCAUCAGAGGCCAGGGCACGGUGAUGACUGGCACCGUGCUUUCAGGCAGCGUGUCUGUCAAUGACACUGUGGAGAUUCCUGCUCUCAAGGUUACCAAGAAGGUGAAAUCGAUGCAGAUGUUCCGCAAGCCGGUGACGUCGGCGGCGCAGGGCGACCGCGUCGGUCUCUGCGUGACGCAGUUCGACCCCAAACUGCUGGAGCGCGGGCUCGUGUGCUCGCCGGGCUCGCUGCUGUCGCUGCGCUCCGGCAUCGCCUCCGUGCGCCGCGUGCCCUACUUCCGUGGCGCCGUGAGCACGCGCGCCAAGUUCCACGUCACCAUCGGCCACGAGACUGUGCUCGCCCGGGUCUCCUUCUUCGGAGCCGGCGGUGGGGCUGGCGACGAUGGUGGUGGCGAUGACGCCGCUUUCGACUUUUCGCGAGACUACGCGUACCAGGAUGAGUUCCUGGCCGAGCAGCCCAAGGACCGCGCUGAGCAGGCUGAUGAGCGGACCACAACCGCCCCCAAUCCUGCACCGCGGCACCAGUGGGCUCUGCUGGAGUUUGAGCGCCCCGUCACCUGUCCACGGCCCUGCAAGGUGAUCGCGUCCCGCCUGGACGCAGACAUCCACGCCAACAGCUGCCGCCUGGCGUUCCACGGCACGCUGCUGGAGGGCUUCGAGGAGAAGGGCUACAGCGAAGCCAGCCUGGCGCAGCUCCGCGUCUACAAGACCAAGAGCAAGGAGGGCACCGUGGAGAGGGCAAGCGGGGAGUAUGAAGUGAUCGGACGGUCGCUCUUCAAGAAGGAGACCAACAUGCAGCUCUUCGUGGGCAUGAAAGUCACGCUGUCCACCGGCGAACAGGGCCUCAUCGAGGGCGGCUUUGGGCAGAGUGGCAAGUUCAAGGUCCGCGUGCCGGCCGGCCUGAAGCCCGAGACGAUGAAGCUGCUCUCGGCUGGCGCUGCCGGAGGCUCCAAGCGGAAGGGGAGAGGAGGCGGCGGUGGCCCGAACAAGGAAGACGCGACCCCUGCGGAGGAGGCCAAGGCGGAGGGCGCGCAGCCCGUGCGGAUCACCUUGGCCUUCCGGAAAUACGUGUUCGACCCCAACAAGAAGAUGGUGCAGGCCUAGUCGUCGCUACCGAUCGGUGCCUGCCCACCGCCGGACAAAAUCGACACACCGUGGGCCGUGGGCCAUCCUUUGCAGUUUUGCGUUGCCCGUGGUCUGUCUUAUCUCGCUCCUGUGUAUGAACUCAUGUCUCCCAUCUCUGUGGUGGUGGUCUUUAGAUGCACCUUCUUUCUCGUCUUUAGGCUGCCAUUCCAUCACCAGUCUUGUACAUCGGCCGUUGUCCAUUCGAAGAAAUGUGCCCUUCCCAAGCCCAUUUACCUUUCCUAUAAAAAAAAUCGGCAUUCGUCAACAAUGUUUAUUAUACUAAGUAAGGCCUGCUGAGCUAUAUAGCUUGCUUUCAGAAACGACCUGGCCACAAAUGAGAGCUCAACGAAAUGGGCUUAUGUGGAAAUGUAUAGCAAAUACUCUAAAUGCAUGCGACCACAGGAAGAGAGACACACAGACUCCAAAUAUACAGCAGGCGUCCGGGUCAGGAUCAAACAUACGACCUCCUGCAUACCAGGCGAGGUAGUUAACAUAUCUCCACCGUGGUGUCCUUUAUUAAAAAUAUAGGUGACGUUCCAAGGCAGUUGUCAUUGUUUUCUUAUUGAGCUUGUGCGCAAGCACACUGCCAAAGCAGCAUCACCAAAUAAUUUGUUAAAAUGUCUUAAAUGUCAAUACGAUGUUUCUGAUUGGUGUUUGUUCUCUGAUCCAUGUGCGAUUCAAUCUGCCUCAGUAUGAUUUCAAGAAUUAAUCUCGCCACACGCUGCCCACUGACAAAGUAUGUAUGUAUUAUAGGCAUCUUUAUCAGCGUCCUUUAACAUUUAUCUACCUUGCAGCAAUGUUUGUAACCCAGUGGAGUGUGCCUUAACUCUGGGAGUGUUUAGCUCUUUUGCAAAAAAAUGGCAAAAAACAAAAAACAUUUACGAUUGCCUGAGCGUAGAUGCACGAGAAAUUAACCGACAGUUAAAGUUCAGUUGAAACAAAGUAAAGAUUCUGUAAGCCGAAUGGAAUCCACAGCACUCUAUUGGAUAGAUCAUAUCUCAUCCUAAGCUGACCAUGUGUCAGCCACCCAUCAUCUGGCGUGUAUAGUUCUCAUUACUGACGCUACAUCACCCAAUGAGAGAUAACUUGUUGAGAAAUGCCCAUGGCCUUACACCUGCCACCAUUCCAUCAGUCAAUUCAAAUGAUUACGCUUAGAACGCCCACAAUUUGAACUUCAUUCCGAGGCGAGCGGCAGAUAACUCGGGCAAGAGCGAAGUUUUCACAUUCUGGCAGGAGGUCGGCAACCGACGCGUGCAUUGGAGGAGGGAAUGCAUCAGAAUCAUAAUAUUUAUUUAAACUGGAGCAACCCAAUGAACUAUGAAGCUCUGUUUGACAAAUGUCCAGUACCGGACGAGCUGAGCCGUGGCACAAACGAAGUUCACCGCGUCUGGUCCCAUGGUCAGGCUUGACGAGGAGGUGAAGGAGGCUGUUGGAAAUGGAUCGGUGAGACGCGAGGAGAGGAAUAGGCAGGUUGGUGGCAAAUGGCACGCGAAUUACACUGGAUGCUGAUUAUAAUAAAAAAUAUAAACUUUUCAAUUUUUUUUACAUUGCAUUCUCAAUUUGCCGCUAACUAUAGAGAUUGAUCCAAAAUCUGUGCCUGAUUGGUGUGAAGUUAACUAUCGCAGUGAUUAUUUGUGUACAAAGUGUUCACAUUUUGUACAUCAGGAAUAAUAAUGAAUACUCAUAUUUUACACUUAAAAAAAAUGGAACGAAUUAUUUGGUGGUUGUUUCCAGCGUGUCUUUUGAAUUUGGAAGCGAGAGCCACCACUGAAGCCGAUGGGUAGCUGUCAGGGCAAAGAGUCCUUUUUGCUCUGUCUACCAAGCUUUUCGCCACACUGUCUACGCUGUCGGUAAUGGGUGGCACCGUUUUAGAACAUUCCUUUGAUGAAUUCGCCCAGUUUUUUUUUUUUCAAAAGGGUGAGUCCCAAAUAGCAACACGACUUGACAGCGCAGUUUUGGCUCAUCUUGGAUGAUAUUCCCGAGUGUCUGUCGAGAUCCCUCCAUUACUGACGGACAAACGGAGAGCGAAUGUAUUAUAAAAAGCUUCCAACUUUAAUUAGACUGUGCGAGAAGAACGUCUGUAAGUCAACCUUGAAAGACACUUCACAAAGAUGGACCUUCUUCUUGGUUCUUUGGGUAAAGUCACUUUGUCUCCCCGACAGACCUGAUCUACACCUGAGGACGGCUGCUUGCGUUGCGUGACUUUACCGAAAGAACCAAGAAGAUGAAUCCCUGCAGUCACGAAAGCUUUAAAUCGAAAGAUGGACUUCUAUGAUUUAAUGUGGCGUUGGCAAAUCUAGGCCACAGUUAUGCUUCGUUUUGGUCACACCUUUGACUGCAGCGCAGUUGCCGAGGGCCUUUGUUCAGCUUAUAUCGGUAACCGAGUACGAACUAUUAAGUAAAAACUCAGUUUUAUAUCCUGUAGCGCCAUUCCCACAAGGCCUCACAGCGCUUUACAACAGAAUCACAGUUUAAAAAAACCUUUUACAUUAAAAUUAAGAGGGGAAAACAACCUCCACGCAGAUGGACACGCGAGAAAAAUAAAAUGUUUUUAGGCGAGCUCUAAAAAGCUCGACUGACGGAGCAUCCCGAAUGGACCGGGUCGCCCGACUACUGAAGGCUCUGUCAACAAUUGAACGCAGAUUUAUUUGUCCUUCACGUAAAGUUUGCCCGGUAACAGCCGAGUACCGAUGGUUUUGCUGUGAAUUCUGCUGGAUUGUGUUACAGCCGCGCCACACACAGGUCUUAAUAAUCCCCCUCGUGGACAUUGAUCAAAGGAUAACUUUAAGAAAGUUGCCAAUAUACAGGGUGCUUCAAAAAAAUGUGAACACUUCCGAGAAUUUUCAACAAUACCACGAGAAAAGUGACUCCGGGCUCUGGAGACCACCUGGAUAAGAUUCCAGGCACGUGUUGACAAUGAUGGUGAACAAGUGGAGACUCUUUGAUUUUUUGAAGCUAUUAACAUACAUUUGUUAUCAUGUUACAGUGUAUUAUCAGUUAUUUUUCCAAUAAAAACGAUAGUCCCAAAUAUAAGUGUUAAAACAUUUUUGAAGCACCCUCUAUGAGGUCAAUCGGUGCCCUUGACCUCACGACUCCCUGCUUCUCUGCAACUCCAGGCUCAAGGCUUUCCUCUUUGUCAACUGCCUAUGACUCGACUCCCUCUGGUAAACAAAUAAAGCCCCACUGUUCCUGUACGGCAUCGUGGAGAUGCGAUCACAUCGAGAAGGAAGGCGACGCAUUAACGAAAACUCUUACUACGCAGAAUCUCGCGGAAAAAGACGUCGCAGAUGUGCGCUCACAUCGUAUGCUGGAUGCCUCCGAGUUGCGAGAGGAAACUCGAGAGAGUUGCCAACAGGGGUUGUUGUAAAGGGUUGGAACACGGAUAAUGGUGUUGAAAGGCGCGCUAGUUGUGACGUGAUUGAGACGGACACUGUUUUGUCUUGCACACGCCAAUCAGGCCAAGAUUGAGAGUUAUUUUUCGCGGUAGAAAGCAAAUGAAUGUUCAUUAAAGAAAACAAUGAAAUUAUCGAAUGGAAGCUGUAAUUAAUGUAUUUGUGAUGGGAUUUAAAAUAAAAAAAAUAUGCAAUUUUAGU